GCGGCCGGCAGCAGCACUACCCCCUGUAGCGGCUGCAGGGCCAGGCGUGCUAUUUGCGGCAGUAGUGGAGUCCUUCGCUGGAUGUCUUUUGUACGUCCGACUGUUUUUGUUGUCGUUUUAUAUUUUUCGUGGGGUUGAGAUCGUAGUCUAGGUGACCAUGUUUCACGGCGGGUCCAGCUGCAGCUCCACCUAGCCGGGCUGUACCCGGGGUGAUGCCCGCCCAGCGGAGGACGAGGCCUACCCGUUGAGCUCCCCUCCGCCCCACAACCUCCGCCAUGGCUGAGGAUCCACAACAACCCGGGGGGCAGAGGCCCUCCGUGGCGGGCCCGGGCUCUCUUCCGACGCUGGUGCCGGGACUCCAGGGGCCCGAGGCAAAUGCGUUACAGUUCAAAAUAAAAAACUCAAUUUGCAAAUCUGUACAAUCAAAAGUGGACAACAUAUUGCAAGAUGUUGAGAAGUUUACAGACAUCGAAAAGCUCUACCUCUACCUCAAGCUGCCUUCUGGUCCAGGCAACGGCAAUGACAAAAGUAGGACUGAGAAUCAGAGGGGUUGCUCCACUCCGGGACUAUGUGAUCAGAAUUCCAUGUCAUCGAGCCGUACUCAACAAAUGUAUGCAUUCAACUGGAUAAGGAACCACCUGGAGGAGCACCCGGAGACCUCCCUGCCAAAGCAAGAGGUGUACGACGAGUACAAAAGUUAUUGUGACAAUCUUGGCUACAAUCCACUGAGUGCAGCAGACUUUGGAAAGAUAAUGAAGAAUGUCUUUCCCAACAUGAAGGCACGUCGACUGGGCAUGAGAGGGAAAUCCAAAUACUGUUAUAGCGGCUUGAGGAAGAAAGCUUUUGUUCACAUGCCGUCCCUACCAAACCUGGACCUGCAGAAGUCUGGAGAUGGGUGUGAGCUGAUGGAGCCCAUGGGUCAGUCUCCCAGCGCCGAGGACGAGAUGCGGUCUGCGGCCUGCGGCUUGGUGUGUGAGUGGGCCCAGAAGGUCCUUACCCGGCAGUUCGACCACGUGGAGGACCUGGCCCGCUUCCUGCUCAACAGCCACUACAUCGGGACCAAGUCCAUGGCGGCGCUCACUGUUAUGACGGGAACGCCCACCGGCCUUAAGACGCCCACGCCCUCGGCCUUCGUGCCCACCGCCGAGGCCAACUCGUUCCAGCCCCAGGUGAAGACCCUGCCCUCUCCCUCGGUGGAUGCCAAGCAGCAGCUGCAGCGCAAGAUCCAGAAGAAGCAGCAGGAGCAGAAGCUCCACUCGCCCCUGCCCAGCGACAGCCAGAUCAAACGGACGGAGGUCAGCACCCCGGGGCCCACCAUCCCAACCAGCAGCCCCGCGCUCCUCUCCCCGCAGCCCACCAUUGGCAUCGUGGUGUCCGCCGUCCCCAGUCCCAUCACGGUACAGGGAUUUGUGCAGAGGAGCAGGCAGCCUAUGACCUCGCCCAGCCCCGUGGGCGGCGCCGAGGGGAAGGUGAUGCCCGUCAAUUUCCAAGUGGUCACUCAGUCCAUCAAGCAGUCUCCCAAGACCCAGCAGAGCAUCUCGGCAAGCCCGGUGGGGGACCGCCUGGCCAGGCACCGCUACGCACAAAUCCUCCCCAAGCCCUCGGCCACCAGCGCCAUCACGCUGCGCUCGCCGCCCACGCUGCUCAUCACCAACAGCCCCAUCAAGACGGUGAUGCCCCAGCCCCACGUCAGCUCUGUCAACGUGGUCAAGAUGACGGCCAUCUCGCUGACGCCCGGCGGCGGCGGCGGAGCGAACCUGCGGCCUGCCUCCACCGGCAUGGCCGUCGCCUCCGUCUCGGAGGACCCCCACCAGAUCCGGUGCCCCAACCCGCUCAACACGCCUCACUCCCCGGCCCUCAGGCCCAGUGCCCCGGGGCCCGUCCUGGCCCUCCACAGCGACGGCAAGGCAGAGCAGGGCGAGCCGGGCUCCUCCACCAAGUUCAGAGCCGCCAGUGAACCCAGCUUCUUCGUCAAGUUCUCGCCCAUCCCGGACAAAGUGGCCCGGACCAAAAGUGACUCCCAGUCUCCUCCCGCCGCCGUGGCCGCGGCCGGGGCCCAGGAGAGCAAUAACGGCGGCUGUCUGGACAGCCAUCUGUACCUGACUGUUGAGAAGCCGCCCAACGGCUCCCCGGCCGUCACCCUGUCCCCCAAGGAGCCCGGCUCGGACGCCAAGGGCCCCAGGAAGCGCUCGGGCCCCGGGGUGGAUGCCCACAUCAUCCCCGUGAAGAGAGUGUUCAUCUCCCAGCAGCCGGUCGCCUUCAUCGAAAAUCCCAAACCCGGUCUGAGCCGGCCGGCGGCCAAGAGGGUCGCCCGGGCGGUGGGGGGGCCGGCCGCCCGCCCGGAGAGCGCCCCCUGCAAGGUGACGGUAAAGCAGACCUCGCUGGGCCCCGGGGCACAGGUCCUCGCCCUCUCCGACUUGCCACUCACGCAGCCCUCGGGCCCCCGGACCCUUGUGAGGCCCCAGGCCCUGCUGGUGAAGCGCGAGUGCCGAGCCGCCUCCGGCGAGGCCACUGUGGUGGCGGCGGCGGCCCCCAUGAGCAGCGCUGCGGACCAGGCGCUGCUGCAGCAGAUGGCCGCCGCCGACCCUCACCUCAUACCAGCCAACUCAGGAGCACACGAGGCCUCGGCCCUCGGUGACCUCAAGAGCACAAUGUGGGAGGAGGGUCAGCUGGAGGCGCUGCAGAAACAGGCGUUCGCUCAGCAGACGCCCGCCGAACACAGCCAGGCGCAGGCCGACCAGCUCGCCCUGAUGGGCCAGGCCGGCGAGGCCUCGGGCCAGCUCGCGCUCUCCCAGGAGAUGCUGGACUUCUCGGGCUCCCAGCCCAGCAUGGACUACUUCCCCUUCAACGACGACGACAUGACCCAGGACAGCAUCGUGGAGGAGCUGGUGCAGAUGGAGGAGCAGAUGAAGCUCAAGGGCCUGCAGCCUCUGUUCAGCUCCUGUGUGGACAUGUCGCUGCAGGGCCAGUCGGCCGGCCCCCCGGCCUCCAUCCUCAACGCCCACCCGACUGGCCCGGCCUUCUUCCACUCCGCCCACAGCAGCACCACCCCCGUGCAGACCCCUACGCCCACCCCCACCCCGACCCCCACGCCCACCCCCACCUCCGAAAUGACCCUGGGACACAGCAUGACCCGAGAGAGCCCAUGCUCCCGCAUGGCGGUGGUCACCCCGGUGGACGGGGCCAUGGGGCGCCACACCCCCAUCAGCACGCCGCUGUCCAACUGCAGCGGCAGCGUGCCCCCCAGCCCGGUGGAGUGCAGGAACCCCUUCGCCUUCACGCCCAUCAACUCCAGCAUGGCGGGCUACCACGACUCCAGCGUGGUGUCCAGCAGCCCGGUGAAGCCCAUGCAGAGGCCCAUGGCCACGCACCCCGACAAGGCCAAGCUGGACUGGAUCAACAACCGCUACAACAGCAGCAGCAGCGGGCCGCUGUCCAAUCAGAGCCUCGGCAUCCUGCCCAGCUACCAGGACCUGGUGGACGACCAGUUCCGGAAGCCCCACGCCUUCGCCGUCCCCGGCCAGUCCUUUCAGGUCCAGUCGAGGCAGGACGCCCACUUUGGCCGCCUGACCCCCAUCUCUCCGGUGCAGCAGCAGCAGCAGGUGAGUAACAUGACCGUGCCGACCAAGCAGGAGAGCUUCGCCGUGCCCGCCCCGCUGGACAACAAGGCCGCCGCGUCCUCGGGCUCCGCUACGUUCCGUUGCCGCAGUGUCAGCCCGGCGGUGCGCCAGCGGAACUUCAGCGGCACCACGGCGGCCCCGACCGCCGCUGUCACCAGCACCACCACCACCACCACCACGCGCGCCGUCAUCUCCCCGUUCAACGCCGCCAUCACCUCCGAGAUGCUCAGCAUCCUGUCCAACAGCCAGGGGGCGGGCUCGGCCCACAGCAUGGCCCAGCGCAGCCAAUCGGUGCCUCUGAACAUCAUGAUGCAGAGCGAGCUGCUGCCGCUGCAGGGCCAGAACAACAACACCAAGAUAACCAGCGUGCUCCUGAGCAAGAUGGACUCGGAGGGGGACGAGGCGGUGCGCGGCCUGGGCAUCAACAACCUCCCCUCCAACUACACCGCCCGCAUGAACCUCACGCAGAUCCUCCAGACCACCGCCUCCUUCAGCGGGGGGGCCGCCCACCCCGCCCAGCUGCCGGCCAGCUCCAGUCCCGCGGCCUUCGGUCUCCAGCAGGGCUACCUCACCGGCGGCCCCGCCGAGCCGGGGGGCUUCCCGGGACCCGACGAGGCCCAAGCACAAGCGGGCCCCAGUGGGCAGGACCAGCAGCAGCUUCAGCAGCAGCAGCAGCAGCUCCAGGAGGCGGCGGCGGUGCGCACGCAGGCCCAGCUCCUCCGCCAGAGCGCUCAGCAGCAGGAGGUGGCGGUGGCGGCGGCGGCGGCGGCGGCGGAGGAGGAGCAGCAGCAGCUGGACUUCAACAACACGGUGAAGGACCUGCUGGGCGACGACGGGCUGAACCCCAGCUCCCAGCUGGUGGGGCAGGUGGCCUCGGAGCUGAACGCCGUGGCCUCGGACUUCUCCAACGACAUCAGACUGACCUCGGAUCUGUCCAGUAGCAUCACUGACCUGAACACCUUGGACCCCAACCUGCUGUUUGACCCCAACCAGCCGCAGGAACAAUAUGAAGACUCAACACUGGAGGAGCUGAAGAACGACCCACUGUUUCAGCAGAUAUGCAGUGACCCCGUGAACUCUGGCUUCGAGUGGCUGGAGAGCAAAGACCAGCCCACCACGGUGGAGAUGCUGGGCUGAGGUUAAACUCUCUGUGGGUUCCCCCCGUCGUUCGUGUGGCGUGUCCGUUGUGUACGUGUUUUUAUACUAUUGUUUGUUUGGGAUUUGUCUGGACGUUGCCAUUUGUCCUGUUUAAAGUGCCAGGCUUACCAGAAAAUCUCUCCUACUGAUCUUUACAGCAUUUCUUACCUUUACUUUCUGUCACCCUGAAUUACAGUCUUUACCACUUCUCUCUUUCUCUAUCCGUCCGUCUGUCUGUCUGUGUCCGUCUGUCCGUUUAUCUCUCUCUCCCUAUCUCUCUCUCUGUCUCAUGUGAAAUCAGAAAUGUAUGCAUUUCAAGUGUGUGUAUUUAUCAAUUUCUAAGAUAUGAACACAGAAAGAAGCUUAAUCUUCCAUAUUAUAGGCGAUCAAUAAUGCAAUAUUUGUAUUCAACAAACACUUAAUAUUGAGAUAAGUUGGAAAUUUGGCACAAAAGACCAAUCUGUAUGUUGUCAACACGUGUUUUUAAAGUGUGCAUCUCACAUACAACCAUGAGGAAGGUCAUAUUGGGAUUGUAAUAUAUGCACAUGAAAUAGUACACCUGCCUGCCAUAUCUGAAUAUAAAACGGGUAGCAACUCGCUACCAGGUGCUGAAUUUAUGACAUAAUCUUUAUAUUUUAUCAUAAACCAAAACGGUGAAGAUCCAGACUUGUCUGAGCAUUGUUCAACAGUGACAUUUUUCUUAAAAGCCUAUACUACUUGUACUGUUUAUUAUCUUACAAAGGGAGUAGACGAGUCCGUAGAGAGAAGAGUGAACUUCAGGCCACUCUGUGGACUUCACACGUGGAUAGGAACAACUGGCUGCCUUAUUCCCAAAGUCCUGGCCUUACGCCACCGUUAGAGACACUGUACAUAGUAUUACGCCGCCUCAGAAACACCCAGGGCGUCCUCAUAUCCAGGCAGCUGUUCUUCUGCUCAUCAUUUCUGCACUAUUUCCUCAUAUUUGUUCAUUCGUUAUCUUUUGGGUUAAUUAUCAGUGUUAUAGAUGAUGCAUAUUGUAUAGACUAUGAACUUGUCCCCUUACCAGUUGUAUAUGGAGAAUAAGUUGGCGUUUUUAUGAAUACCUUUGGCUGACAUGCAUUCCGCUAGAGAUCAUUUGCCGUUCUCUACCCCUCCCCACCCCAUUCCCUUGGGUUGCAUUUAGAGAAUCGAUGGUAUGGAAAUGGCUACGUUACCUGUGGAGCCUGGGUGGUGCGAUGCCAUGGCUAGGCUAGUUGUGAGACAGUUUUAGUUGAAAUCCAGCCUUAUUUCCAUACCAAAGAUGAUUUGUUAUAACGUUGAGAUGAUCAUAUCUGCAUACACUCCUUGUUACCAUUAAGAAAGAAGGGAAACUGGCAGCAUUAGAGAUUUUUUUUGAUUAACUUAAAAAGAGUUUUAUGGCAUUAAAUAAAACAACAUUCAUUUGCAAAAAUCUAUGUAAAGUAUGUACAUUAUAAAAAUGGUCCCUCCUAUGCUUUAUAGGCAACUAUGGACCAGAAAGCAUGUUGAAACCAUCACGGCUAGCCAGGUAGGCUAUGUGAUAUAGUAGGAUGCUAUGCUUGAGUUUCUGACUAUCGUCAUUGUUGUAUAAGUCAUGUUAAAGCUCCAUCUGUAUAUAGGAUAGAUACAAAGCUAUUUGAUGUAUCAAGACACUAUAUUAUGGCCAUUAUUCUAGCUAAGUCUAUGGUGCCAUCAUGAAAAAAAAAACUUUACCGAAAUUAUAGUAGGCAAGAAUACUGUGUGUGUUAUGUGUUACAUUUCUGGCUUGAUUUGUUGUUCAAGUGAUGCUGUCUAUUGGGUCUCUCGCUUGCUGAUGUAUUUAGUUUCUGUUCCGUUUUACUUUGAUGCUAAUAGGCCUCUGCCGUUGCAGAUUGUGAUGUGUGCUGUGGAGCGGGAACAAUGGCAUGGUGUAUUGAUGAGGGGAUACAGAAAAAGAGUUGUAAUCCUUUAGGCUGGUUGAAAACAUUUCUGUGACAAACAUUGCGCUCAAAGCCUUUAAGCCGACACUGGAGAAAAAAAGUCAAUGAAUUAUACUUCAAACAAACUUUGGAAGUUCACAUUGUUGCACUAAAUUUGUAUGACCUAAGGCUUUGCCACACCUUUAUGGACAAAUGGUAAUGAUGGAUACCCGCAAAAAAUAUUUUUGUUAUGACAACAUGAGUUAGGAAACUUAAUUGAAUUGUCAAAUUAUUGACUGAAUAAUUGUCUUGUAGCAAAAUGUGCUUUAAUCUCAGUGAGAUACACAUUCUUACUCAUUCUCAUACAUGAGAAUAAAAGCAUUGAGGAUAGAGAAAUGUUGAAAUAACCUUUUAAAACCUACAUGCUCAUUAUGUUGAUAAAAAUGAUUGUACGCACGCAUGUGUGAUGAAUUCUAUCGUACUUUGUAUCUUGGUGACCACUGUCAUGUGAUUUGGGCGGGCUCUGUUAAUCAGACAGACAGUGCUGGUUCUUGAGUUGCGCAACUUUCAUUGUGUGCUGUUUACUAAGUUAAUAUUGUUCUUAAUGCUAUAUGUUCUGACUAUGUUUUUCAGUCAAUUUUUUUACAUAUUGUUUCACAUAGCAUUUUGUGAAGUUAAUAUCUUUCUCAUCAUUUCAUUUUUUAUGUUAAUAAGGCACUGAUAUUUCAAUUUGAAUGAAGGAAAAAAAAAACGACCCAAUGCACCAUAAAGAUGUACACGAGCCUCUGAACCUUGACCCCCGACUGACCCAGUACCAACUGUCCGUUUCUACCAGUAGAAUAGCCGUCCUCUGUGGUGUUGUCUGGUGUACUGCUUCAUGUACAGUAGCUUGUUGAUAUUGCAACUGCGUUGUUUCCUUUUUUUCAAUGGAAAGUACUCACUGGUGAGAUUUUUAAAGUGGUUUUAAAAGCCAAUAAACUUUUUUAAAGAAUG